GGAGCCUGUGCUCCGCAACAAGAGAGGCCGCGAUAGUGAGAGGCCCGUGCACCGCGAUGAAGAGUGGCCCCCGCUUGCCACAACUAGAGAAAGCCCUCACACAGAAACGAAGACCCAACACAGCAAAAAUAAAUUAAUUAAUAAACUCCUACCCCCAACAUCUUCCUUAAAAAAAAAAAAAAAAAAAAAAGAAAGAUAACCAUGGAGGAAUGCAAAUAUGUUUUCUGUAAGAAGGAUGUCUUUGGUGGACUUGGGGAAGAGGUUGCUAGAAGCAGCAAGAAAAGGCCAAGAUGAUGAAGUGAGAACAUUGAUGGCAAAUGGUGCCCCAUUCACCACAGACUGGCUUGGAACAUCACCCCUCCACCUUGCAGCCCAGUAUGGUCAUUAUUCCACAGCAGAAGUGCUCCUUCGAGCAGGCGUUAGCAGGGAUGCCCGGACCAAAGUGGACAGGACCCCCUUGCACAUGGCUGCAGCUGAUGGACAUGCACACAUCGUGGAACUACUUGUUAGGAAUGGUGCAGAUGUGAAUGCCAAGGACAUGCUGAAGAUGACAGCUUUGCACUGGGCCACAGAGCACCACCAUCGAGAUGUUGUAGAGCUACUUAUCAAAUAUGGAGCUGAUGUCCAUGCUUUCAGCAAGUUUGAUAAAUCUGCCUUUGACAUAGCCCUGGAGAAAAACAAUGCUGAGAUUCUGGUCAUCCUUCAGGAAGCAAUGCAGAAUCAGGUGAAUGCUAAUCCUGAGAGAUCCAACCCUGUGACUAUGGGUACCCCAUUCAUCUUCACGUCAGGAGAAGUUGUCAACCUCGCAAGCCUUGUUUCUUCAGCCAGCACCAAAACAACCUCAGGUGACCCCCAUGCCUCCUCAACAGUACACUUCUCAAAUUCCACCACCUCAGUGCUGGCCACCCUUGCAGCUCUUGCUGAGGCAUCAGCCCCCCUCUGCAACUCACACAGAGCCACAGCUAAUUCAGAGGAAAUCAUAGAAGGAAAUUCUGUUGACUCAUCAAUCCAGCAAGUGGUGGGAAGUGGAGGCCAGAGGGUCAUCACCAUAGUGACUGAUGGAGUCCCUCUGGGUAAUAUCCAAACUGCAAUCCCUACUGGAGGCAUUGGCCAGCCAUUUAUUGUAACUAUGCAAGAUGGACAGCAAGUUCUAACUGUACCUGCUGGUCAGGUUGCAGAGGAGACUGUUAUUGAAGAAGAGGCAGAAGAAGCAGAGAAAUUGCCACUGACUAAGAAACCAAGGAUAGAAGAGAUGACAGACAGUGUGGAGGAAAGCAAGGUAAUGUUUUUAGCAGUGGUGGAGAGAAGAGAAGGCAAAGAUUCAAAAGCCAGAACUUUCAAGGCCCAAACCCUUCUUUUUUGUCUACUCUCAGGAAUUCUUACCUGUGGUGGUUUACUUUUACAGGAAGGCACUGAAAGAGAGCUGCUUCAGCAGCAACUCCAGGAGGCUAAUCGAAGAGCCCAGGAAUACCGACACCAGCUCCUAAAGAAAGAGCAGGAGGCAGAACAGUACCGCCUCAAGCUAGAGGCCAUGGCCCGACAACAGCCCAAUGGAGUUGAUUUCACCAUGGUUGAAGAGGUGGCUGAGGUCGGGCCUUGUGCAGAGCUUUUGUGCCUUAUAGGUGCUCAGUGUGUGCUGGCAAAGGGACUGAGAACUACCAAUGCCAUAAUGUAAGGAACCAAAGAUUCUGACCAGAUGCUUCGUCACCUGACUCUCUUCUCUCCCACUAUGCCUGCUCCCUUUGCCUAUAUACUUUUGAAAGUGUUUCAUUGCUGGGAUUUCUUGGAGUUUUUUUAAAAAAGGGGAAUACGGAUGGAGAGAGGGGGGUUAUGGAGAGGUCAUCAUCCUGGACUUGCUUGCUUUGUUAUAAAUUAGAAGCAACCAGAGGGAGCUGUGCCAAGUAAACAUUUGAAUGACUGUUUAGAAUAUGGUUUUCUUAAUUAGCAAUCACGGGGAAAACAUACAUUUUUAAUUUGGAAUAAAAUGUGACAGUUAACAUGGUUCUGUUUACCUUGAUUAGUGAAGUAAUUUGCUGCAGUUUUCCAGAGGUGCAGAAUCAUUUGGGGCUUAAAAUAAACUGAAAACAUAACUUCCCAAACCAAAUUUAACAAACAGAAUUGGCUAUUAGAGGUUUAUAGACAAAAAUAUCAGUUUUGAAAUUAAUCUUGGCUUCAGGCCACCGUAGCUAGGUUUUCUCCAUGGACCAAGUACUAAGCACUUCCCAGAUGAUCAGAUAUUAGUCUGCACUGUUGGGGAUGAUGGAGAAAUGCAGUGGAGCAGCCUAGGUGAGGGAGAGGGUAAAAUUGUGGUAUCUGCUGUCGAAUGUCCUAUUUCUGUUUGCAAUAUUUUUCCUUCUUCUGAGUCCCUUUGUGAAUCAGGUGCUAACAAUAAGCUGCUGUUGUGUGCCAUUUCAAAGCUUUAGCUUAACUAUAAGAGGGACCAGGUGUUAUUUUAGAUGUGUUUUGUGUGUGUUCUUGGUGCAUACAUUGACUUUAAUUCCUUCUUUUAUUCUUUCCUGUUCAGGGAGUGAAGGUUAACUGUGUAGAAAAUAUGCAGGCCCAGCCACCUCACUCCCUGAGGUAGUUUCUUAUUGAGGGUGGGGAGUUUCCAUCCAACACUCCCUUCUGAGCAUACAGAGUCCCUACUGUUUGGGGGAACUGUUUAGAGUUUCUUAUUAUUCUUUUUUUGUAAGAGCCUAUCAUUCCCUCCGAGUAAAAUAUCUAAUACAGCCCAAGUCAUUUUUGAUGGUGGGCUCUCUGAGAUAGGGAGCUAAAGCGGGGGUUGGGAUAGGGAGAGAGAGAAGGGAAAUGUCUAGAAAGGGGUGGGUAGCAAAAGGGCAUUUGUUUUUAUUUACUUGGAAUAGACCUUUUAGCAUCCCAGAGAAGGGAAAUAGGACUUGAUCUCUAAUUGUAUUGCCAUAGAGAGAAUGGUAGGUCAGGAUCCCUUGAAGUAGUUAGAUUAAAUAUUAAAGACAUGAAUGGCAGUACCAUUGUAUGAUUUUGCCUAUUUUUCUGGAUCAGCUGUGGAAGUUGGAAAAAUGUUGCUAGAUCUUCUGGGUUUGGGGAUUCCAACUGGCUUAUUGGUAAGGUUGGAUUACAAAGAAUCAAACAGACAAGUGGUUCAGAGAUGGUACUUGAGCAGGAGAAACCUGAAGCCUAGGAUGAUUGCCUACUUCAAAAUAAAGCUGCUUUAGUAAUAUCAGUAUUAAUAUAGGAAUAUUAGACCCUACAUUUACAUUUUGGUUUUAAGCUUUCCCCUAAAAAGGAGAAAGAAAUAAAUCUUAAUAUUUCUGUUCUUGUUCCUGGCUUCAGGAAAAUUAUUUACAAAUGUAUAAAUGUACAUUCCCUUCCUGUCACUACCUCUGUGGGAUCCCUUAAUUGUAAUGCCAGAGUUGAGGUCUCUUAAUUGAAAUAUGGGAGAACUUGGCUUUAGGUUUUCUGUAUAUUGAACUCAGCACCUUAAAAGAUGUUCUUUUUCUCUGUCAGAUCUGUGUUUCAUAAUUUUUGCCUUUGCCUCUCCCCCUUUUUCAGCCUUAGCACUGCAUUAUUAAAAUGUUUGUGUCUGCUCAGUAAUAUUAGAAACCUGUGGCAUGCAAAAUGACUUUCUUUCUUUAUAUUGCUAUAAAAGAAAUGAAUUUAACAGAGGGCUCUCCAGUUGAAGUUAAGUAUUUUGUGACCAGGGCAUUUUUAACACCCCUUUGCUGCACGUAUAUAUUGUGUACAUUAUAAAUAUAUAUGAAUUUUCCCACUUUUCUCUUUGUUUAUUUGAGGUUCAACUCUAAAGUACCUGGUAAAAGCUGGAAAUAUUUUUAUUUCAUUAAAAACAUUAGAGAGGGUUUCUUUCAAUUGAGUAAAGGCACUGAGGAAGAAAAAGCAUUACUUUGGCCCUUUUUCUGAGAGGCAUGCUCAACAGGCAGUAAUGAGAAACCUGAGGAGUGAGGCCCUAGGGAGAGCUAGUACUUAUCUUUGCAGAGAUUUCUUUAGCAUACAGUGUGAUGACAUCGGUAAACUGAAAGAUUCAGAGCAGGGUCAGGGGUAGAGAUGGAGCUGCCUUUCCACAGAGCAAACCUCCUUUCAGCUCCUAUGGUAGC